UGGAUUGGGUGUUGAUUUGUGCAAAGUGUUUGUCUUAUUGAGUGUUGAUUUUUAUGAGCGAAGGCAGCGUAAUGCUGUUUAUUGUUAUACAAUUUUAAUUAGUGCGAUAAACAAACAACAUAUACAAAGAUGGCGCCGAUGCGUAGUGAGCGUGGCGGGUCCCCGGCACGAGGUGCGCGCGCGUCACUCCCACUUCCGCGUCGCCUCAUCCGGCAAAUCGCUAGGCACGUGGCCUCCAGCGGCCGGUCCCUUCGUAGGCUUGAAGUAUCCGGUCGCGUGAUUGACAAUUUCGAUGACCUGGAUGGCGCAUCUGAUGAGUCGGAUAUGGAAACUCCGCAGCCUGCACUGGCGUGUGGUGGUAACGCUGGGACCCUCCCACCGGCAGACAAUGAUGACGAUCUGACGAGUCUGAGCUGGUUGCAGGACAGGAAUUUACUCAGAGGCAUCAAUCUUACUACAAAGAGCGAUAUGGAGGACUCUAAAAUUCUAAGGAACGAAGUUAUUAUCAAGACAGAAUCGAAAACUCCUCCCCCCUUAGCCCGCGUGGCCUCCCCACCUCGCACACCCUGCAAGUCUCCCCCCUCCCCCACCCACACAAAGCCCCCCUACUCCUUCUCGUGCCUCAUCUUCAUGGCCAUCGAAGCCGCACCAGCUCGAGCCCUGCCCGUGAAGGAGAUAUACGCGUGGAUAAUUCGCCACUUUCCAUACUUCAAACACGCGCCCCAAGGCUGGAAGAACAGCGUGCGGCACAAUUUGUCAUUGAAUAAAUGUUUUCAUAAGGUUGCAGCAGCUCCCGGAGUUGGCAAAGGUUCUCUAUGGACAGUAGACCCUCAACAUCGCUCCACCUUGCUGCAGGCAUUCGGUCGGCAACCAAUCCCACCGCCUGAGGUGGAAACCCCAGAGCCAGGCAAAAAUGCCCCAGACCCACAACUGUUCCCGUACCUGGCGCGUCGUCUGGCCGACACCAGUGAGCCUGGCGCUGAUGAAUAUCUGGCGGCUGCUACGGUACUCGCCAUGAAGUAUGGCCCGGCUGUUUUAGACCAGCUGCCACCCGAAGCGCACUUAGUGAUAUCGCGCUGCGCAAGAGACGAGCACUCGUACAGCGGCAGUGGCGAGGAGAGGCGCACGGCCGAGGCCUUGCUCAACUUAGCCGGGGUGACCAGCCACACGCACGCCGCACUUAGCUAGCGGGACUUCGGGUGAGGCGUUUAGUUUACUUGAAUUGGGGUGGCCAGCUUUUGGAAUUUAAUAUUGUGUUUGCGGAGGCUUCUUUAACGGAAAACUACUACGUACGUACAUACAAUUUUUUUUUUUCAAAUUUAAACGACUACUGUUUAACGAGUAAUUGUAAAUGUUUUUUUUUUAAUUUAGAGAAAUCUGAACACGUGACAUACAUUCCGUUAAAGAAGUUUUACUUAAAUUGUCAAGAAGCAAAACUUUUUUUUAAAAUCCUAUUUGAGGUUCGAGAGCUGUCAAUUUGAAGGUUGACGUUUGACAGGUGUCACUUGUGGAAUAUAUUUUUAAACAUAACGAAAUGUGUCUUAAAACUGUCACACCUGGUAAAAAAAGGUUUUGUCAUGUUUAUAUUUGUUAUGAAUUAUAAAAACUUUUGAAGUAUGUAUGAUACUUCACUAUUCAAAACUUAGAAUUUUUUAUUUACUUUGUAAGUUAUAACCAAAGCGUUGGCCGCUCUGAAGAUUAAUUUAAAUUUAGUUGAAUCGUGAUUAGUUCAUAUUUGGAUUGUGUUGUUGUUAUUUUUUUUGGAAUGUAGAAUAAUUAACAGUUACCGGAAUUGUAUAGAUUAGUUUUGGCAAGCCAAUGUUUUUAAUAUUAUUUACACCAAACAAAUUUAUUUUGUUGUCUAUGUUCUA